CCCCGCGCCCGCGGUUCCAUUCCUCGCUCUGCGCAGCCCGAGGCAUGGAGCGGCUGGUGGCCCGCGGGCUGGGGCUGCGGGGGGUUCUGGCUUCUGCUUUCUUGCUGCUGGGCUGCGGGGGUCUCCCCGGGACCCCACAGGCGGCGCCCGGGGCAGCGUCUCCCUCCUCGGGCUCGGAAAGCCCCGGGACAGAACCUUCGCUCUCGGCCCCAGCGCCGCCGCCUCCCUCCGGCCAGAGCUGGGCCCCCGGGAGCGCCCUGCACCUGGAGCUGCUGGUGGCCGUGGGCCCCGACGUCUACCGCGCCCACCAGCGCGACACGGAGCGCUACGUCCUCACCAACCUCAACCUGGCGUCAGAGCUGCUGCGGCACCCCUCCCUGGGGGCUCAGCUCCACGUGCACCUGGUGAGGAUGGUCGUCCUGAAGGAGGCCCAGGCGGCCCCGCCCAUCACAGCCAACAUCACCGCGUCGCUGCAGAGUGUCUGCCAGUGGGGCCAGGCGCUCAGCCCCCAGGACGACAGGGACCCCGGGCACGCCGACCUGCUCCUCUACAUCACCAGAUUUGACCUGGAGUUGCCUGAUGGUAACCAGCAGGUCCGGGGGGUCACCCAGCUGGGGGGCGCCUGCUCGCCCUCCUGGAGCUGCCUCAUUGCUGAGGACACGGGCUUUGAUCUGGGGGUCACCAUCGCCCACGAGAUUGGGCACAGCUUCGGCCUGGAACACGACGAGGGGGCGCCCGGCUGCGACCCGCAGGGCCACGUGAUGGCGUCUGACGGCAAGCCGCCCGUGCCAGGCGCUGUCCACUGGUCGCCCUGCAGCCGGCAGCAGCUGCAGCGCCUGCUCAGUGCAGGCCGGGCUUCCUGUGUGAGGGACCCGCCAGGGCCGCUGCCCAGGCCCGCGGACCCGCCUCCCCAGGCGCUCCCCGGCCUCUACUACGGCGUGGACGAGCAGUGCCGCGUGGCCUUCGGCCCUGCCGCCGCGGCCUGCACCUUCAUCCGGGGGCAGCAGGACCCGUGUGAGGUGCUGUCCUGCCAGACAGACCCCCAGGCCCCCGGCAGCUGCAGCCGCCGCCUCGCACCCUUGCUGGACGGCACCGAGUGUGGGGUGGAGCAGUGGUGCUUCCGGGGUCGCUGCCGCUCACUGGUGGAGCUGCCCCACGUGGGGGCAGUGCACGGGCACUGGUCCAGCUGGGGGGCCCCCGGGCCCUGCUCGCGCUCCUGCGGCGGAGGCGUGGUCAUCCGGAGGCGGCGGUGCAGUGACCCCAGGCCUGCUUUUGGGGGGCGUGCGUGCGAAGGACCGGACCUGCAGGCCGAGAUAUGCAACGCCCAGGCCUGCGACCAGACGCAGCUGCAGUUCAUGGCCGAGCAGUGCGCGGCCACGGACCCGCAGCCCGUGCGCCUGUCGCCCGAUACUUCCGCUCUCUACCACUGGGGGGCAGCCGCGCAGCACCGCCAAGGGGACGCUCUGUGCCAGCACCUGUGCAGGGCCGUUGGCCAGAGCUUCAUCAUGAGGCGGGGACACAGCUUUCUGGACGGGACCCGGUGUGUGUCCAGCAGCCCGAGGGGGGACGCGCCCCUGAGUCUGUGCGUGGCAGGACGCUGCCGGGCCUUCGGCUGUGACGGCAGGAUGGACUCCCCUCGGGCCCCAGAUGCGUGCCAGGUGUGUGGCGGUGACAAUAGCACCUGCAGCCCCCGGAACGGCUCGUUCGCGGCUGGCAGGGCCGGAGAGUACGUCACCUUCCUCACGGUCACCCCUGACCUCACCCGCAUCCAUGUCGUCAACCACAGGCCGCUCUUCACACACCUGGCCGUGAAGGUUGCGGGGCGCUACGUGGUGGCAGGGAGCGCCCGCCCGUCGGGCAGCACGGUGUACCCGUCCGCGCUGGAGGACGAGCGCCUGGAGUACCGCGUGAGCCUCACCGAGGAGCAGCUGCCGCACCGCGAGGAGAUCCGCAUCCCCGGCCCCGCCCGGGAGCCCAUGGAGGUCCAGGUGUACAGGCGUUAUGGGGACGAGUACGGAGCCCUGUCCCGCCCGGACAUUACCUUCACCUACUUCCAGCCAGAGCAGCAGCGGGCCGGGGCCUGGGCCCCUGUGCGGGGGCCCUGCUCCCUGAGCUGCGGGGCAGGGCGGCGCUGGGUGACUUACCGCUGUGUGGACCAGGCGUCUGGGUGCAGGGGGAGCCGGCCGGCGGCGUGGCCAGAGCCCUGUGUCCUGCAGCCCUGCCCCGAGCCGUCACGGCUCCCUGCUCCCACGGCCAUCCUAGCUGCCCCCAGCGGAGAGGCGCCUGCAGCCUACUCGUCGGCCUGCGGUGUGGACAGGGAGUCGAGAAACAGGACGUGUGUACAGGGGACAGACCCACCACCUCCCACGCCGGGGCCCCACCCCCAGAUGUCCUGGUCUUCACCCCAGGGCCACGCUCCCGGGCAUGAGGCCACGGCGUCCGGGCAGAGCGGCAGCCGGAGGGACCCCCAAGCUGCCGGAGUGUGGGUCCCCGUGACAGGGCCGUGUUCCGUGUCCUGUGGCCGAGGCCUGACAGAGCUGCGCUUCACAUGCGAGGACCCCUCCCUUGGGACCCCCCUCCCGGAUGUGCUCUGUGCCCCUGCCAGCAAGCCUGAGAGCCGGCGGGCAGCAUGCCAGGCCGCCCCAUGCCCGGCUCGGUGGCAGUACAAGCCGGCGGCCUGCAGUGCAAGCUGUGGCGGGGGCGUCGCCAGGAGGAUCCUGUACUGUGCCCGGGCCCGUGGGGACGGCCAGGACGAGCAGAUCCUGCCUGACGCCCAGUGCCAAGCACUGCCCCGCCCAGAGCCGCAGGAGGCUUGCAGCGUCCAGCCCUGCCCGCCCCGGUGGAAGGUCGUGUCCCUUGGGCCGUGCUCGGCCAGCUGUGGCCUCGGCAGCGCCCUGCGCUCGGUGGCCUGUGUGCAGCGGGACGGAGGCCGGGAAGUGGCCCUGGAUGGGGGGUCCUGUGCCGGCCUGCUGCAGCCCCAGGCCCGCGUCCCCUGCAUGGUCGCUGACUGUGCGUACCGGUGGCAGCUCAGCGCCUGGACACAGUGCUCCGUCUCCUGUGGGGUUGGCACCCAGCAGCGGCAGGAUGCCUGCCUCGGACCUCAGGCACCCGUGCCCGUCGCCUUCUGCCAUCACCUACCCAAGCCAGCCCCUGUGCGUGGCUGCUGGGCCGGGCCCUGCGCAGAGCAGGGGUCUGGGCCCUGCGGCCAGCAGCUCCUUGAGCCCUCAGGCACCCUGGACCUGCGUGGCCCAGGGCUGGCCGACUGCGUGGUGUCCAUCGGGCGGCCCCUGGGUGAGGAGGUGACCCUGCGCGUCCUCGAGGCCUCCCUCAACUGCAGCGCCGGGGACGAGCUGCAGCUGUGGAGCCGGCUCACCUGGAGGAAGGUGUGCAGGAAGUUGGCAGGCGCCACCCUCACCUCCCGCUGCAAUACGCUGGUAAUACGGCAGCACCGAGGCCAGCCUGGAGGAGGCGGCGUGCUGCUGCACUAUGAGAGCCGCCCGGCCUCGGGGGCCUUCCACAGAGAGUGCGACACGCAGCUCCUGGGCCCCCAGGGGGACAUCGCCAGCCCCUUGCUGGGCGCAGCAGGAGCCAGUGCGGCGGGCUGCCGUGUCUUCAUUAGCUCAGCCCCGAACACCCGGAUCGCCAUUCGUGCCCUGGUCACCGCUGCGGGCACUGGAGCCACGGGCACCGAGGCCAGCUAUGUCUCGAUCCGGGACCUGCACCAGCUGCGGACAACCACCUUCCAUGGGCAGCGGGCACUCUACUGGGAGUCCGAGGGCAGCCAGGUGGAGAUGGAGUUCAGCCCUGGCUUCCUGCAAGCCCAGGCCAGCUUGCACGGCCAGUACUGGACCCUUCCUCCCAGAGCACAGUAGUGUGGUCCAAGCAUUGCCCCAGCUGGCCCUGGGAGGCCCUUCGGAGUACUGGAAGCCAAGGAGCCCUGGCAGCCCUGUGACCCCUCCGAACCCUCUGAAGUUGGGGGUCUCAGCUUUCCAUUUAGAAACCGUCCAAGUUGCAGGCAUGUGCAAAAGGCCUGGGACAGCAAUAAACGAAACGUGGGUCUCGACCCAAAUCUGGCCUGAAAAUCUGCGCCAGGGCACAUGAAGCACAUCUGCCUCUCCCCCAUCCUGUUAGCAAGCAGCUCUCGCCCCCAGGUGGACCCUCCAGGAUACCCGCUCACCAGUUAAAAUGCUGCAGAGCCCUGCCCCUAUGCUCACCCUCGGUGCCUGUGACCACAUGGUAGUCCAGCUUGUCCAGAAUCCAGCCCCUAUGCUAGAGAUCUUCCUCCCAGGUCUGGGACCUGCACGGACCGCUCCAAGAGCCAGAGGGUGCUCCAAGCGCGGGCACGAGAACCCCGCCCCCUAUGCUAAGGAGCGCGGGUCCUGCUCCUUUCUCCCGCAAGCCCCGCCCCUAUGCUAAUAAGAGGGCAACCCCUCUCCCCACGAACCCUGCUUCUAUACUAAUGAGCUCGGGGCCUACUCCUUUCUUCCUCAAGCCCUGCCCCUAUGCUAAUGAAGUGUCCUGGGUUCUUCCUCCUGCAAGCCUCGCCCCUAUGCUAAUAUACGGGUCCUGAGUCCUUUCUGCCGCAAGCCCGGUCCUUAUGCUAAUGGAGGGGGGGGGUCUUAGGUC